GAUGCAACAAAAAUCAAAUUUAAUGAUGGUUAUAAAUUAAUACAAGAAGCUGUACGAAGUAAAUUUCGAUUAUCAGAUGAUAUUUUUAAAAUUGAAUGGUAUAAUUUACAUGAAACAUUUUUAAACAAACGUCGGGAUAUUAAAAAGGGUUUAAGAAAACAGGAAACUACAGUUCAAACAAAUCCAUCAGCACAAAUCUAA